AAAAGCCUCCAACUACUUUAGCGCGGACUCGGCAGCAGAUGGUGGACACGGCCCGGGGUUUCGGCGGGGAGAGCGAAGGGAUGCGCCCAGCGCGCAGCGCCCGCCUGUAGCUCCGCGCCCGCUCCGCUCCCCUCAUGAGCCGCCCCGCGUCCCUGCUGCCGGCCGCCCGCUGCCGCAGCGCCCCGGCCAAGCGCCUCCAGCCCCUGCACGACGGCCCCGCCGAGGAAGCGCCGGCCGCCAAGUGCCCGAGGCUCGCCGAAUGCGGCCCCCCGGACUGCCUGAGCGCUCCCGGCUCGCCGUGUGCCCCCGCUUCUCCCGGCGGCGGCGGCGGCGCGGCGGGUCCCAGCCUGAUCGCCUCGUACCUGCUGCUGCCGCUGGCCGAGCGGGAGCAGGUGUCCCGGGCGCUGAGCGUCAGCUCGGGCCGGGAGCUGCGCUGCAAGGUGUUCCCCCUCAAACACUACCAGGACAAGAUCCGACCUUACAUUCAGCUGCCGUCACACAGAAACAUCACUGGGGUUGUCGAAGUCAUUCUUGGGGACACGAAGGCCUAUGUGUUCUUUGAAAAGGACUUUGGGGACAUGCACUCCUAUGUGAGGAGCUGCAAGAGGCUGAGGGAAGAGGAGGCUGCYCGGCUGUUCAAGCAGAUUGUCUCCGCUGUAGCUCACUGCCACCAGUCAGCCAUCGUACUUGGUGACCUCAAGCUCAGGAAAUUUGUCUUCUCUAAUGAAGAAAGGACUCAGCUGCGUCUGGAGAGCCUGGAAGACACACACAUCAUCAAAGGCGAAGACGAUGCACUCUCAGACAAGCACGGCUGCCCRGCGUAUGUCAGUCCUGAGAUCCUAAACACAACGGGGACUUACUCUGGCAAAUCGGCCGAUGUGUGGAGUUUGGGAGUGAUGCUCUAUACCCUGCUGGUGGGACGUUAUCCUUUCCAUGACUCGGACCCUAGCACUCUGUUUUCCAAAAUCCGGCGUGGACAGUUCUGUAUUCCUGACCACGUCUCCCCCAAAGCUCGCUGCCUCAUCCGCAGCCUCCUGCGGCGGGAGCCUUCUGAAAGACUCACAGCUCCAGAGAUCUUGCUUCACCCUUGGUUCGAGGCAGUCUUGGAGCCUGGAUAUACAGACCAGGAGACGGGAACUUCGGAUCAGAUUGUCCCAGAGUAUCAUGGAGACAGUGAUGACAUGAGUUCCUUUUUCUGCUAACCCUGAAAUCUCAAAAACCUCGUCGGUUCUUACCUCCGGCACCUCUGUAGGGUUUCAUUUUUCCAUGUCUGCAAACUCAACAGCAUCUUAAAGUGCCAGUAUGGUCAGGAAAGUGACCUUGUCUAAAUGAAUGCCAACCUGGAGAUCUCCACUCCCUAAGGGUAGUCAGAGUUCCAUCCUUGUGCUCUGCUGGUUGGUCCCACCAGCUCUGCAGGACCUGUGCAGCUCUCUGAGAACUGUCUGGCUCUUCUGCCUCCCGCAUUCUCCUCCAGUGGAACUGGUCACAUCUUGGCUGCAGAGUCUUAGCUCUGGUAGGGUGUGGGAUGGAAAGGCAGCUCCUUCUGUCCUGCAGUGGUUGCAGAGGUGUGGAGCCCUGACCAUGACGUGUAGGGGCAGAAGGGCACAAGGUGCACCUCUAUCUAAACAGAUCUGACAGAAAUGGUUAAAAGGGGAAUCAACUCGGCGCCCCCAGCAGCCAGUUCACAACGCAGCUCUCUGACUGUGAAGCACACGUCAGUGAGGGAAGGAGAUCUUCACCCGCCACGGUCAGCUGUCCGCUCUCUGCUGCUCCUCCAGCUCAUCCCACUUUCAGAGGUGUGAAGCUCUUAGAUCCACCUGUAAGACAAAUCACUGCUGUGGCUCUUUCUGAAGCAGAAACCAGUGGAUCUCCCAACCGGAUCCCCUCCUAUUCCAUUCGCUGACCAGGAAAGCAUUUUAAAUAGACUUCAGCCUCAUGUUACCAUGGUGUAGCGUAUAUAACUUCAUACCCUCAGCGAGCUUGUCAAGUGGCAGGUCUCGUUAGCUCCCAGUGCCAAAACAUAUCUGUUUACCAAACCGUAACACUAUCGGCUGGGGCACCUUCCCUUGGAAAAGGAUAAGGGGUGUCUUGUACAGUACCUGUAAACAUGGCCAUGUUUUCCAACCGCCUCAACUCUUAGAAAUAUCAUAUCACCUCCUCUUUUGCCCUCCAUCCCCCAAAAAGUUAGUCUUUAGAGUAAAAUCUCCUUGCUGUUGAUUAUUCACGUAAGCUGUUUGCCUCCAGCCCCCUCCCUGCCCUCGUUUUUUUUCGGUCCUUUUUUUUUUUUUUUUUUUUUUUUUUUUUUU